UGGAUAAAAAUAAGGUUGUAGCUCGUUGUUUACCUUCCUGAGGUUAGAAACUCGUGGUGUUUGUCUUUCUACAACGUUUCUCUUAAGAUCUAUUGAGCCGUGAACUUCGAAUCUGUGACUAUCUUUCUAAAUUUACCGAAGUUAGUAAAUGGCGCCUUCUUGUCCUGAGCGACGCUAAUAGAUUGAGGCGCGCAACGUCCAUUCCAGCUCUGUAUUUCCCACUGAACACCGUGAAGCCUCUUCUGCCGCUGACCGGAAUUUCGGAUGCACAGUUUUCACUUUUACUUCUGCUUAAGAAACCCGGAAACGCGAAAAUCAAGUCCAAACUAUCUGGUGUCCAGGGGAGGAAAAACGGGACCAACUGAGCUUCUUUGUCAUUCUUCAGUUCGGAGACGCCUUCCUGAAAAUGGCUGUGCGACCACACAGACGGUGGAGCGCUGACAUUCGACCUGAUUUUUCUGAGCUGCUGAAUCAACUUUUGACAUUGUCAGAUUCAUUCAUCACACAGUUUGAUGAGAAUGAGCAGAGGAUGAAGGAGAUCGAAACAGAACUUCAGGAUGCUUAUUCUUAUCAGGAUUCUGGCGUUUUUAAACAUGCAGUCGCUGGUUGGAGUUUGAUUGCUGGAAUAGUCGUAAUGGCGGCAGCAGCAGUAGGAGUGAUGGCAAGGGCAGGACUGACAACAGCAACAACAGUCAAGAUGACAACAGGACUGCCACAACCACUGACAGUGACAGCACCAGUAGCAAAAAGAAUGACGGCUUCAGACGUGGGAGCAGGAGGAAUGGCAACAGCAGGAAUGGCAACAGCAGGAGUGAUGGCAGCAGCAACCGCAGGAAUAAUGUUAGUAGGAGGUGCUCUUAUCUUUAAGGUACUAAAAACACGAGCACAAAAUCAAAAAAGGGAGAAACUGAGAGAACAAGGAGAAGAGUUCAUGAAGAUUGUCGAACCUAUGAAUAGCUGGCUGGAACAAUUAAAGAACCAAAGUAAAAAACUGGAGGAAUUGGUGGCUGAAGGGCAGGCAGACCAAAGUGUGUCAGGAACUGAAGAGUUUCAAGAGCUUCUCCAACACAUGAGCAGACUGUCCGAUGACGAUGCAACGACUGCCAUCCAGGAAAUGAUGCUGUUCCUGGAUAAUAUAGAUGAGGAAAACCUACAACAGUCAGCUGACCAAUGCAUGACAACUUUAGAUAAACUGAGGAAAACAAAGGAUGUACUCAAAGACCUUCAAGGAAUGUCUUUGCAGCCAAAAAUAUCCAUGAUGUAAGGCUGUGUGAUGUUAUACGGCCCACGAUAAUUUAAUACAAGUAUACGUUUUUAUGUGAUUUUAAAAAGUAUGAUAUUGUGAUGUCAUUAGAUGUAUUUUUAUUACUGACGGAGCAGUAAAAUGGCGCAGGCGUGAUUUAGUAGCCGUCCGCCCUACUUUUUCUUCACUGUUUUAGUUGACUGUGUUUUUGCUUUUUUCUCCUGGUUUAUGACCGUCAAGCUUUAUUGGUCCUGAGACCAUCUGCUGGAGUUUGUUCUUGGCAUCAUUCUGGAGAGACGAACGUGUCCUCUCCAGUUUCUGUCAGCCACAGCAGUCUGCUGUUACUUUUUAUUUUUAUUUUUUGCAAUGAUUACACUUUGGUCAUAGUAUGACGGAGGCCAGCAGGAAUCACUGUGCAUGUGGUCGCCAGUUAACCCUCUGGGGUCCGAGGGCAUUUUUUGGACAGUUCACUCACCUGGCGUAAAUGAUUUCUUAUUGCUGGUAACAGCUCUCCCUGCAUCCCACAAUCAAGUUUUAUGUCUCUUUUUUUCAGGACAACCUGUGCGUUCACA